AUGGCAAAUCCUUACAAAAAACUCAGGCUUGCCAUCGAGGCCGGAGACUGCCCCAAAACUAAGAAACAUCUAGACAACGGCAUCCCAGCUACCAUUGAGCACUUUGUUAUUGCGACACCAAACAGGGAUUACGCGAUUCUUGAGUUGUUUGUGUCUCAUUGCUGGGAUAUCAACACAGAUGUGAAUGAUUUCAUCCCAUCAGCAUUAGUCCUUACUAACUAUACAUUUGAAGAUAAGAAGCUCCUUGAAUGGUUUCUGAAUCACAGCGCGGAUCCCAACAAGACAUGCCGUAUUCGUGAUUGUACACCGCUCUCUUACGCUGUUAGAGACGCACCUCAUGAGAUUAUUCAAUUAUCACUUAGUAAAGGAGGUCAAAUUCAUCAUGGCUUUGCAGUUCUACAAUUUGUCUACAAUCAAGAGCUAAGAUAUAACAAGUUGCAAAUCAAGAAGGUAUUAGACGCCGACUCGCUAAAUUACUUGAUGAAUGAACGAAGUGGUCUGGGAACUCCCUUGCACUACGUGGUCAGGUGCGGCUCGGUGGAGACGGUAGAGUUUCUGUUGGAUAAGGGCUCAGUCCCAGAGAUGUCUCGUCGGAUAUCGGAUGAUUCUCCCAUUUACUUCGCCCUAGUCGAUAUCCAUGACAUCCAUGACUCUAGCCUCGUUGGAGAAGUCUUCCUUUUCACAUCUUAA